AUGUCCACUCAAGAAAAUUUUCAACAAACAGUCAACAGUAAUGAAGAAAAUAACAGAGAGCAUCAUCACACACAAUCAGAAGGACAUGUUACCGAUGGAAAUCAAGUCAUAGAAGCCAUCACACCAACAGAGGGACAUGUUAUCAAUGAAACUGAACAAGGCAAUGAAGAUUUUCAUCACGCUGCAACAGAGUUUCACAUGCCUGUAUAUUCUGAGAGGACCACUAUAACUAUCCAGCCUCGAAGAACAGAUGAUGACCGUGUGCCAAUGCCAGUGUCUUCAGCAAACUGGCAAACUACCAGCUUCACACAUUUCAUACCAUUGUCAGGACUUGACUUCUUGACUGUAGCUGAUCAGCUGAUUAUACAGCAAACUGUUGAAUUACAAGACAUUUUGGCAACUGUUGAGUCUGAAAAUCGUUAUCUUGUAAAAGUACCACAUGGAGAAGUUCUUUACUAUGCUGCUGAAGCUUCAGGAACAUUACAACGCAUGUUCUGUGGUUCAUCAAGAGGCUUCUACAUGAAAUUAUUUGAUCAGACUCGCCAGCAAGCAAUUUUAUUAAAAAGAAGACUGGCAUGUGCAAACUGCUGUUGUGGGUGUUACCUGCAGGAAAUGAAGCUGUUUACACCAGGUGGUGUACUACUAGGAUCAGUUGAACAGGAAUGGACAUUGAUUAAUCCUUCAUUCGUUGUGCGAGAUUCUGAUGGGAAUAUUGAAUAUGUCAUAGAAGGUCCACAACAUUUCCCAUGCACUAACUAUGAUGGAACAACAUUCAGAGUUCUUAGCCGAGAUGGCCUGACCCAGCUUUCAACAAUUGUUCAUGAAUGGAACAAUUUGGCUGGAGAUUUUAACAUAAUAGUGACAUUUCCAACAGAUAAUUUGCAUCCAAAGAUGAAAGCUGUCUUUUUGGGAGCUGGAUUUCUUUUGGAAUAUAUGUUCUUUGAAACAUCAAAACGAACAAAUAGGUGUCAGAAAUGGUGCCGAUAAAGGAGAUCAGUUUCUUAUCGCUGUUUCUAUAAGCAGCCAAAAGAAAUGAGGCAAAUUAAAGUUUUAUACUGGGUGCUGCUUAUGGAUGUAGUAUGUCAUCUGCAGUGUUGUUCAAGAGAAUCAGCCUUUGGAAAUUCUGUAAGGUUUUUGGAUCUGUCAUAAGAGAAUCUUUUAUACUUUGUGUAAACAUUGUGUACAUUGUGUAAAAAAACUACAUAUACAAAAUUUUAGAGUGCUUAGAGGAGACAAAAGCAGAUACCUUUGUAUGUGGCAACAAUAUCACAGGUGCACCAUUUACUUACUGAUCAUGCACAAUGAUACCGAUGCUAGUGAUUUUCAGACAUGGUACGCAAAUUACAUAUGAUGAAUAUUGUGUUAAGGAUAUUGCUGAAAACAGCAUCCACUUACAUUAAUGCAUACCUGGUAUCUCCAUGCUAAUGAUGGUCUAAAGCAAUAAAAAACAGGCAUUUCAUGAAUAAUGACUACAGUUUCAGUGAAGUGGAUGAUCAUCUCAUCUGGAGUGUCUAUUGAAGUCCUGUACACUAUACACUUCGCCUCUCCCCACAUAAAGAAAUCAUAAGGACCUCACCAACAUUUCUAAAAAUAAUAUUCAUCACAUUUCAGUUUAAUACUAUCUCUGAACGUCACUGGUGUCAAAAUCUUUACUGAUACCUAGCAGAGAAAUGGCACACCUGUGACAUAUGUGUUAUAUAAAGAAAGUGUUCUUUUUGAGGCCUCCAAAGAACCUAAAACUUGAUGUACAGAGAUUUCUUUAAAUCCUCUAUAUCUGGAACAACUCAAAGAAACAGUUAUAAAAUUCUGAUUUACUACAUUACAUAUACAACCAAUAUAUUAAGAGUUUUGCUUGGUAUCUAAGCAGUGUAUGUACAUGUUUGUGUGAUACUCAGAUUUGUAGGUGAAGAUACUCUUAUUUUAUGUGAUUUAUAUGGUAUUUUAUAAGAAAUAUGUUUCUCUCCCAAUG